AUGGCGGCGGCGGGACGGCGGCGGCGCGGCGCCCGUGAGUGCGGCUGCCCCGCGGGCAACGGGACCCGGCGGGAGGGCAGUGCCGACCCCGCGGCCGCACGGCUCCGGGAGGCUCAUUUGAAAGAAAAAAAUGUUCUAGAUGGAUAUUUCCUUCCAAAUGAAACAGACCUUCGUCAGGUAAUUGUAUUUUCAAAAGCAGAAUGGGAAAGGAUUCAGGCCAGCACCAGAGAAGCAGCACACAUUGAUAAGAAAGAACAGGAAGUGCACAAAGCUGCUAGAGAAGACCAGCCCAAUGCCACUCUAGAGCUGAUACAACAGAAACUUCAAGCCAAAAAAUUACGUGAAGAAAAGGAAGAGGAAGAAAGAAAGUUAAUUGAUUUGGAAGAAGCACAGUUCCAAGCAGCAAAACGGAAGGAGGCUAUCGAGCGUGCAAAAACCUACCUAGGUUAUCAAGAUGACAGAAUGAGACACUUCCAUAGUGCACUUCUACUUGCUGAGGUCCUAAAAGAAAGAGAUGCUCAAAUUGAAUUUCAAAAGUCAAAAUUAAUUGAUAGCAAAAAGAAGGAAUAUGAAGAAGAGCAACGUCUAUUUAAAGAAUACAUUCUCAGUGAGCAAGAGAAAGUACGUCAGCAUUAUAUGAAUCAACGGGCRUUACACAAAGAUCAGCUAGAACAAAUAAAAGAGCGUGAGCAACGGGCAGAUCUGGUCAAACAAGAAAACAAAAAAGAACAGGAAAAAUUAGAGAAAUURAUCCAACUGCACCACCUAGAAAUUCAGAGAGAAAAAGAAAAGAAAGAGGAACAAAAAGCUGGACGUCGGAAGCUGUAUCACGAGUAUCUAAAUGACCAGAAAAUAAUCAAAGCAAUAGAGAAACAAAAACAAAUGGAAGAAGAUGAUCGGAUCAAAGCUCAUUUUAAAGCAAAGGAAAUUAUUGCCCAGAUGACAAAGAAGAGGGAAGCUGAAAUGCGUAGGCUAAUACAGGAACGGCGGGAUAAAGUCAUUAGUGAAUUAGCUGAAAAAAUGGGUAAGGCAAUGAGGAUGGAAGGUGAGCGGCUGGCUAGAGAUGUUGCAAGAAUAGAAGCUGAAGAAGAAAAAAAACGUGAGGAGAGAGAAGCAAAACAAAAGGCUGCCCUUGAAUCUAUUGCUGAAUACAGAGCCACUGUGAUAAAGAUGAAAGAGGAAAAGGAGAGACAGGAAAAAGCAGAGGCUGAAAAAGAACGUGAUAGGUCAAUAGAAAUUGACCGCAAGUACCUGGAAAUGGAAAACCUCAAAAAACUAGGACAUCGUGAGGCAAAUAUAGAAAUACGGAAAAGUCUGAUCCAGCAAAUGGCUGAAAACCAGGCAAGAAGACAGCAGGAAAAGCAAGCAGAAUUGGACUAUCAUGCUCAGAGAAAUGCUCUCGCACUUUCUAAAGAGCAUGAAUUUCAGAAAUAUGCGAAGCAAGUAAUUGAAUCGAAGUCCAAGACUUCACAUCAUCUUUAUCCUCUUCUCAAAUUAUGCAAAGAUGCAAGAGUACUUGGAAAUGGGCCAUUUUUCUGAGAAAAGAAAAAAUUAAUGCUAGUUUCCAAACAUAUAAUUCUAUGUUGAGACCCAGUUACCUUGUCAUAGCUGUAAUGCUGCUCAAGAAUCAAAACCAUGAAAUAAUGUUUAAACUAUCCACCAAGGAAAGACAGAAGACGUUUUCAGCUUAAAAAUAUGCUUUUGAACUUUACAGGCAGAGUUAAACUGGAAACAAUUUAUAUCAAAUAUAUAGUAUGAAUCUAGACGUCCAUUUAAAAAAGUAAAAGGUUGCCAUGUAACUAGUUAUUCUCAAAAAUCUCCAGCUUGUAUUUCAUCAAUGUUAGUUUAUUAAACUUUAGACAGGAAUUCAUGCUGUAUAAUUGGCUGUCACUGUAACAUGUUCCAGCCAAAAGCUCACUAUUUCUUUUAUAUUUUUAAUAUUUGUAGUUCUAAAAAUUCACUGUCCCAGGUUUUUCAGGUCUGCGAUGUGAAUCCCAGUGCAAAAAGUCAUAUUUUUUCACUAGCCUACUUCCAGUUAAUUAUUCUCCGUAACAGAAAAGGCCAAACCAAAACAACUACAGGGGAAGAAAAUAAAUAGGUGAAAGUUAGAAUUGUUAGGGUAUGCAGUUUUGGUAGCAUUUUGCAACUAUGUCUGAAAAACAAA